AUGACCCGCAAGCGCAAGGCGGUCGGCCAUGGCAAAACAAGGACGCAGCCAACGAGGAAUUGUUCAUCUACUGCUAAGACAGCGGACCCGAAUGACGUGGGCGAGCCGCAUGUCGCAAUGUCCUCAAACAACAAGCAACCGAAGAGAAAUCCGAAGAGAGCGGCGAAGGAUCCAUGGGCUGAGGACAAGUUGAUGACGAGUACAUCUUCCAACCUUAUAUAUUUGGACCUUGUGAAAUUACUCGCCAACCCCGACGCCUGGAACUGCCUUGAGGAGUCUGAAAAACGAGAAAUACUCGAUCUACUCCCUGAAGACCUACAUCCGAACCCGGACCCUUCACCGGACGAUCCUGAUGCGCAGAUCCCCCCUUUACCAGAAGAGUUUCUUCGUUACUCGAAUAAUUGGCGAGACGGCAUUCGUCACUUUCAGCUAGAUCUUCAAAAUGGCCGCUACGAUCCAGUUUGGCUGCGGGAGGCCGAAGAGGCCAUGCAGCAGCGGGCCGAUGGGAAGUUUGACAAAUUUAAAGAAGAAGAGUUUGAGCAGUUUUGGGGGCAGAAACAGAAGAUGGACAAGACGCUGGCCGCAGGACAGAGUAGCCAGGUCAAAUUGAGCACCCUCAUUAGCAACGGAGUUAUUCUUGUAGGCGAUGUAUGGAAAUAUUCUCGAGCUUUCAAGAGUAAAGGUAACCUCCUAGUGGAGAAAGAAGCCAGGAUAGUGCAUAUCCAAAAUGACCGGUUAACGUUCGAAUUGCCCCCUCAUCAACGGGUAUUUCUUCCUGCCCCCCAGACCUUACCUUUGAAGGACUCGCAAGCCCUAGUUAUAGGGGAAAUCGAGAAACCAGGUGGCGUUAUAACGACCACUACUGAGAUAGAGCAAAAUAGGACUGCUCAAGCAAGUGCAGACACGCAAUCAGAUACUAAUCCAAUGUUAGAGGCUGGAUCCUCUACCAAGCGUAAAUCAGAGAUACAGAUGGAACCUCGCAAGAAGGGCCGCAGCAGAAAGCCCAAGGUACAGACACCAGAGGACCUCGAAGUUGACCAAGUAAAAGCCUCCACCGAAGUUACAAUGCCUGCUCAAGUGAUGGUAGAAAUCACCAAUCCACCACCAACAGAAGCAAAUAUGACUACGUCUGUUAUGACUCAGACAACUACUACGGAACCUGACUGCCAAGAUCCGAAAAUCGUUUUUGAACAGCCCUCUGCCACUGUUGAAGACACCCCCCAACGACUACCAAUCGUUGAAGGGACAUCGGAAGAACCUGGGGUGAUCACGGUCUCCGGUAUUACGGGGCCUAGCGCACUUGCAACCAAAAUUUCAGAAAUCGAUGGCCGUGCCGCGAACGUUCGGCACGGAAAUGCUUGGAAAGAUUUUCGGGCGUACAGAAAUAAUCAGGAUAUGGGUAGCCUAUGGGAGGUCAGACAAGCUUGGUUUCUGAGAAACAAAUCGUUGGCCAAUUGA